AUGCAGGUACAUGAAGAGAUUGAUCAACCGAUCAAGCUAGAAUACCUUAGCGGUCAUUGUGAAAACAUCAAUGGUGGCGGGUCCAUGUUUGAUAGCAAUCGAAGCAUUCCAAGAACGCCAGCAUCACUUCCAAUGAAGCCACAAUCGGAUGUAGUGGCAAAUAUGGACACACUUUCAAUGGAACAUGAUGUUCAACAGGCUUUAUUUUUGCCAGCUUUAGCCAUGCAACAUGCUGCUAAAUUGGUAGCAAGCAAUCCCAUCUCCAACGGAUCAAUGCAAUAUCCAACGUCAUACUCAGCACCAAUCCUUACCACUUCUCCUGCUUCAAAUAUGGCAUCUGCCGUCAAAUUGGCAAGUAUGGGCGUUCAGUUUGGACCUGGAAUCAAUCCAAACAUUUCAAACCCGAGUAGCGGUGCGGGGAAUGGCAAUGGAACGAUGCAAAACAAUCCUCCAAUCGUCAAUACGGGUAACAAUGGUCCAAUGUGCGUUCAACCGGGCGAUUGGGUUUGUUCAAAAUGCGGUUUCGUGAAUUGGAGAAGACGUAGAGUUUGCAUGCGUUGUUUUCCACUUGCUGAUCAAAGUAACGAAAUGAGUCGUUCGAUCGUAAAUGGUGCAACAGUUGCUGCCCAACUUGCAGCAGGAGUGGAACCUUCGGCUGAUUUGGUAGCUUCUUUGACAGCAGGUAGAAGACCUCAAAAUGGCAGUGGAAGUCAAACACCAUUGUACAAUUCCAUUUCCAAUCCGGCCACUCCCAAUCCUCAUAUGCCAGCUCGCAGUAAUACUCUUAACGCCUUGACGCCAUUCAAGCCUUCUACUUCUCCAAUUGUGUCCACGUCAGAGUAUGUGGAUAACACAUUGUCGUACAGCUUCCAAAAUGCUACAGUAUCUGAGCCGCAACAGCAAUGGAAUCCUGCGCAAGUAUCACCGUUCCCAUCCAAUCAGUCUUCUACGUUUGGACAAUACAACAAUAGCAGUGCAGCAUUUCAUUCUGUUCAAGCCAGUCCUGUUCACUCUCCGUUGGUUUCACGAAUGUACGAUUCGCCACAAGCAAGUCGUCCAGAACUUACUCGUCAUGCACACAGUUCAUCCUUUUUGAGUUCACUUAAUCCUUAUGCAUCAAAUGGAUUCUAUAACGAUCAUCAAUUCAAACAAUCAACCAAAAGCGGUGGUGCAACACCAUUAGAGGAGGAUCAAACGGAUUUGCACGAUUUAUGGUUUAAACCAAAGACUGCAACAGCAAAAGGUGCAAGCAAAAGUCACACCAACAACACAGGGUCAAGUUCACCCGAUUUGACAAGACACAACGGUAACUUGCUUGACAAUAAAAGCAUCUUUAAUCUUUCUUCUCAUUUUUCGCCUUUGCAAAACAAGAAGAUCAAAAUCGAUGAAGGUGAGUCAAGUAUGCAAGGUCAUCACACCAACAGCACCAUAUACAACGGUGAGAGCUCAAAUGCGAUCACCGUAAGUGCGGCAAAUGAAACGGACGAAAUCGUUGUGCCCUGUGCCAACGAGAAGCGUUACUCGUUCUCCAACAGUGGAAGCACUUUCAAGACUUCUGUUUUCCAACUCGACAAGACUGGUCUCGGUGGUGUAGGUGGCGGUAACCGAAUGCUGCCAAUCGGAAAAGCAGCAAUCGAACCACCUUCUUCAAUUUCUUCUGCAUCCGCAACAGCAAAUUCUUCUUCUUCUUCCCUCGCAAUCACAACCGCAACGCAAAACACUUCACCUAAACAGCAUAAUCGUUCCACAACUCCAACGCCAUCAUCAACAACUUCAAGGAAAGAAUAAAAAAGCGCAAAAAUGGAAUUGCAAAAAAAAGAAACAAAAGAAAAAAACAUUGAAUUUUAUGUUUUCAGUCGAUCUCUCUUUCCCGUUCUUUUCCUUCUCAUCUCUUCUUGUGGUAGUGUAGCCAAACUCUUUUUUUUCUCUCUUUUUUUCAUCUUUCUCGGGACACCCAAGCCGCUAAGGAAAUCCUCGACAGGUGUUUCCAUCAUUCUGUCUUUAUCCCAUUCUCAUUUUAUCUGUCAUGUCAUAUGUUGUUCAAUUGUCAGUUUACCUCUUUCAUCCUCAUCACAAAAAGUUGAGUGAAAUUAUCACAAUUCUCCUUCAAGUCAUAUAUGAUCGCUUCUCGUUCAUGAUGGAAAAAGAACUGAUUAUCCGACGCUAAAAACCUACUUAGGGUUAGGAUUUUAUCCUAACCCUAAGUAGCCCUGUU